CGAGGCCACGGGCCUAUGAGUGAAGUGCAAGGGACACCGCCGCAGGUGAUGAUGAACAAGAAGAAGGAAUUGGGCCCUGCGGAAAGCGCCAACGGCUGUGAUCUCUUCCAAGGAAAUUGGGUUUUAGACGAGUUUUACGUUAAUCUCUACAAUUCAUCACAGUGCUCCUUCAUAGAGAAGCAGUUUGAUUGUGUGAAGAAUGGAAGGGUUGAUAGUGACUAUCUCAAAUACAGAUGGCACCCCAACAACUGCUCUCUUCCCAGGUUUGAUGCGAGAAAGUUUUUGGUAAAAAUGAAGGGCAAGAAGGUGAUGUUUGUAGGAGACUCUUUGAGUCUAAACCAGUGGCAGUCCCUCACAUGUUUGCUUCACGUGGGAAACCCAAAUGCCAAGUUUACUUUACAAAGAUUUGGACCCCUUUCUAAUUUCUCAUUCCCAAAGUACAAAGUUUCCAUAUUGUUGUUUCGGGCUGCGUUUCUAGUAGAUCUUGUUAGAGAAGAAGAUGGAGAGCGGGUGUUGAAGCUUAACUCCAUUAGCAAUGGCACCCAAUGGAAAGAAAUGGAUGCUCUCAUCUUUGAUUCUUGGCAUUGGUGGCUUCACACUGGCAGAAAACAAAAGAUAGAUAGGUUUGAGGUAACAGGAAAUUGUACGGGAUUGACAAGACCAACAAAAGUACCUAGAACACCUCAUCGUGGGGAAUUGUCAGCUUCCUUGUCCAGGUCUGGUCUGUCGAUGCCCAGGGCCGAGGCCGAGCGCACGACCUAUCUUCGGAAACCUCUGGACGGAAGGCCGGCCGGGGGUGGUCUGAGGAUGACCGACCCUGCCGGGGCCGAGUGCAUAACACUGCCGAGGCGGUCUUCGCUGGUCCUUUGCCUUGGUCCCGCCAAGUGGGCCUUGGCAAAGUUGGGCUGGGUCGUCUUCCUGUUGGGCUGGAUACCCCCAUUCCCGGUUUUGCCAUCGAUCUCAUUCACCGCCUCUGCUUAUUCGCCGUCGCCGCCGCAGUCCGACCCGAAGGUUAGUUCAUUCUUCCUCGCUUUCAUGACGUCUUCCGAUUCCACUCCUUCCAUCCCUGCUGUUGACCCAGCAGCGGCUUGCUUUGAGGAGAUGUACCGUCAAGAUCCCUCCCUCCAUCCUGACGGUCUGACGGGAGGGAUCAAUCCUUCUAGGGUUCUGAGCGCGGUGCCUCUCCGUUCAUCCGUCACUGUGGCGCCGUCGUCUCAGGCGCUGCCUCUGAAGAAGAAAAAAUCAAAAGUUGCCCAGAACCUAGUAGAGGUGGGGAUCCUUAUCUCCCUCGAGCGUCAGUUUGAGCUGACCGAGGCCAUGCUGGGGAGUCGUCCUAAGCAUGGGCUUGAGGAGAGUACUUCGAGGCCGGAAGAUCUGGAAUCGGAGGAAAGAGAAGAGGAAGAGGAUGAGGAGAUCGAAACCGAUGAAGAGUCAGGACAGCCAUCCCACUCUGAGGGGAUUGCUGAUAUGGAGCCUUCCGGAGGAGAUAUGAAUCCAGUGGAUGUCAUUCGUAAGGCCAAGCUGUUGGCCCGAAAUCGCAGCCGAGGAGAAGAGGUUCAACAAAAUCCACCAUCCGAGGAUGCAUCUGGAUCUGCUGCUUCCGUCCCGAAUCAGGAGGCGGCUCCGACUCGGAACCUGAGAAAGAGGAAGGUUAUCCAAGUCGAGGAUGAGGAGACCGCGUCCGAGCAGGAUACGGUUCCGAGCCAGAGUCCAUUGAGCAAACGGUCGGCCGGUCCUCAGGAUGGGAAGUGCCCCGCUUCCCUUGACAAGAUUGAUGGAGAUGUGCAUGCCGAGGCCAAGAUCGCAUCCCUGUCUGCGGUAUUGAAGGACGAGGACGAGAUUCUCUCGUUCUUGCAGGGGCUGGUGGAUGGUUUCCACAAAAAGGUGUUGGCAAAAUUGAGCUUGAUCAGCAAAUGCCGAGCCGGGGCUGAAUUCUCCUCAGGCGUAGAUUUCUUGGCUUCGGUGGAAACGGAGUUGUCUCGCCUAAGGAAAUUGGCGGAAACCAAGCAUGAACAGGCCGUCGAGCUUGAAAUGCAAGCCGUGGAGAAGUCCGAGGAAGUUGUCCGGCUGCAGGGCCUUCUGAAAGAGUCGGAGGAAUCAGCCUCCCCACUGACGGCUUCAAUGGCCGAGCUCGAGGGGCGGCUGCGCCAAUCCGAGGGCCGGAUUUCAGAGCUGGACGUUGAACUGGCCAAGGCUGUCUCCUCGCAGCGGUCUAUGGAAGCUGAGCGAGAUUGGUCCCUUGCUGAGAGGGAGCAAGCUGUUCCCGAGAAGGAGCACGCCAUCUCCGACUUCCUUCAGUCCCCAUCCUUCAAAGAAGCCUGUAUGGAGAAAAUGGCCGCCUAUUACGAAGACUGGCUCGGGACCGAGGCCGGCACUGAGAAGAUGGGGGUGGAAGGGACGAAAUGGUUCGAGAGCGGCGUCUAUCACGGGAUUCAGCUCGUCCUUCGCCGGACAUGAAGAGUAGAUCCGUCCUUCCCUCCGCCCGGGGUCGACAUUCCAGACAUGCACGAUCCCAACCUGAAUGCCGAACUCGGGGAGAAUCCAGAUUACCUUGGGACGCCCAAGCGCCAAGAUACGGGUGCAGAUGACGCCGGCGAAGAACAACCCUCAAACGCCCUUAGGGCCUGUUCUUUAAGACUGGAAAAAAAGAGCUGGAAACUGG